AUGGAAUAUGAAAUUCAAAAGUUUGCUCUUUGUGUGUGCAUGUCAAUAUCUGAGAAUCUGACGCUAAUUGUGGUCAGUAACCCAGACAAGACACCGAUGCACACCUUCUUUUGCAACUAUGAUUUGAGUGGCAUGCCUGCUGGAACCAAGACUUUCGUGCGGCAAAAGGUCACUCUGUCAUCUGUUCCUCCUUCUAAUCCAGUGAAAGAAGGAAGCGAUGCCAGUCACACAAAGGUCGAGUCAGUCCAAUAUGGAAGUGAACUUAGAGAAUGCGGCACUCUGUUUUCUGAAUGCUGUGAACAGGGGCAGAACUGCUACUUGUUUGAUGAAUCAGAAAAGGGAGGUCACACUAACAGAAUGUAUUGCUCAAUGGAAUGUGACAUUAGCGAAUCAAAUGAAUCGAGUCCCAUUGGGAGCUCAGAAAGUCGCACUAAUGCUAAUGGUUGCUGCUGUCAAAUAGACAGUGAAAAGAAGUCUUGCUGCAGACCUUCCAAAGUGAAUGAUAGUUCAGCUGGAGGGGUUCUUCGUUAUGCUUUGCACCUGCGUUUUCUGAGCCCCUUUUCCAAGAAAUCAUCAAGAUCGAUGCAGCGGACCAAACCUGGCAUGUCAUCAGAACUACUCAAUCGAAGUACCGCGACCGAGGAAGAGAGGCGAUUUUAUCUCUACAAUGAUAUUAGAGUUGUGUUUCCUCAAAGGCACUCAGAUUCAGACGAAGGCGAGGUAUGUAGAAACUGA